CGACGCGAAAAACAAAAUAAACAUAGCGAUAGCGCACGAUUUGAGAGUUAUGAAGGAGACCCAUAUGUGUGUGGACGGGAUGGAGUGCGAAGCUUUAACAGAUCAAUUGCUUUUGUCUGAACAACCAAUCAGUGAAGUUCCUCCUCUUCCUUCCUUGCAAGUUUUUCAGAUGUGGUACAGAUAUGAUUUUUUCUUAUGUUUCUCGCCACCUACUGGGAACUAUUCAAAGGUGACUCCUGAUUCCUGUAACAUAUUAAAUGUGACUGUUGUUGAAGCACAUAAGAUAACAAAAGGAUGGGUUGGAGAUUUAGUUGAUACACCAGAUCCAUAUGUUAUAUUGAGGAUUCCUGGGAGUCCAAAUGGGACAAAAAGGACUAAGCAUUUUAAUAACACAAGUAGUCCCACUUGGAAUGAAGAAUUCACUUUUGUUCUUGAUCCGCAAAAGGAAUAUGAAUUAGAAAUAACAUUAAUGGAUGCAAAUUACACAAUUGAUGAAAAAAUGGGCUGUGAAAAAAUAAACUUAAAUAUUCUAAAUCUAAAUGAAGAAAGAACUGUAAUUUUGAAGUUUGGAGAAGUUACUGAAAUUACUUUAAAAUUAUUUUUAGCUGUAGAUCAAAAUCCAGAUCUGCGAUAUAGUUUAUCCUUAUGUGAGAAAGAAAAAGAAUUCAGAAAGAAUCGACUGGAAUUCAUAAUGCAGAGCUUAGCAAAUUUGUUUCCUGAAAAUGCCCCCGAGAAAAAGAGUCAAAUACCUGUAAUUGCUGUUAUUGGAUCAGGAGGAGGUUUUCGUGCUAUGACAUCUCUUGGUGGUGCUAUGAAAGCACUUGUAGACACUCAGAUAUUAGAUUGUGUUACUUAUGUAGCUGGUUUAUCAGGAUCUGCAUGGUAUUUAUCUACUCUCUAUUCACAUCCUGAAUUUCCAUUAAAAACACCUGGGGAAUUACUAGAUGAACUGAAAGCAAAUAUUCGUCAUAGUCCAUUUUGGCUUUUGGGACCACGUUGUAUGUACCGCUAUAUCUCAAGUAUUAAAGAAAAGCAUAGAAAUGGUCAACCUGUCAGUUUCACUGACUUCUUUGGACACUUGCUUGGUGAUACUUUACUGAAAGGACGGUGUGAUGCUAGAUUAUCACAGCAGCAAGAAAAAAUUGAUGGUGGCCAAGUACCUCUGCCUCUUUAUACAUGCUUGCAUGUAAAAAGCAAUGUGUCUGCAAAAGUGUUUCAAGAUUGGGUGGAAUUCUCUCCAUAUGAAAUCGGAAUUGCGAAAUAUGCUGCUUUCAUGAAGACAGAACAUUUUGGUAGCAAAUUGUAUAAAGGACGUAUAAUCAAAGAAUUUCCUGAAUUCCCUCUUCAUUAUUUGCAAGGCAUAUGGGGAAGUGCUUUUAGUAUUCUCUUUAAAAGAUUAAUUCAGCGAAGCACGAAAUUAUCAUUAGAUCUCAGUUCCUGUCAUAUUGAAGAAUCAGACGAUGAGGAGGAAAUUUUUUUUGAUGCUGAAGAAGAAUUCCAAGAUGAAGAAGAUACUCUUCGAGAUGCUUUUGAAAAUUUAUAUAAUGAUGAAGCAGAAGAUGCUUGUUCUGAAAGUGAAGAAGAACUUAGUGACAAGAAUGAGGAAAAUAGCCGACAGAAGAUCUGGUCAAGUAUUUUACAUUAUUUUGGAUCAUAUAAAACUCCACCUUUUGUUAGAAAGAAGAAAACUGACUCUCAUCAAAGAAGUAGUUCAGAGAAAUGUGGUAUGCUGAAUCCUGGGUUUUGGAAAGACUUUAUCAAUAACAUUUUUACGAGUUCUGUGUUAGAUACACGGAAAGGAAGAGCUGGACGUGUUUUUAAUCCAUUAAGAGGACUUUCUCUGAUUCCAUGCUUUCCAUUUUCUCCAUUUUCACCUACAUCUCCUAGUGAUAAUACCUUAUUUAAAGGUUUAACUGAGCCUGCACCAACUAAUUCCAAAACACUAUACCUUGUUGAUGGUGGCUUGACUUUUAAUUUACCAUUUCCUCUUCUUCUUAGACCACAAAGAGCUGUAGAUAUAUAUAUUUCAUUUGAUUUUAGCAGUCGGGAACAUGAUAACAGCCCCCCUUUUAAGGAAUUGCUGCUGUCAGAGAAGUGGGCUCGUUUAAAUAAUUGUUUGUUUCCUCCCAUCCAUGAUCUUGCUGCUGAAUAUAUCAAACAUCCACCAAAAGAGUGUUAUGUUUUCAAAGAUCCUGUAAACGAGAUGUGUCCAAUCAUAAUUCAUUUUCCAUUAAUCAACCUAGAUUUCAGGAAAUUCAAAUCGCCUGGCAUUCCUAGGGAAACCAAAGAAGAACUUGAAUUUGCUGAUUUCACUAUUUUUAGUGAUGAUAAGAAAACAUAUUCCAUUUAUAACUUCAAAUAUCCAUCUAAAAAAUUUGAUCGUCUUGUUGAAGUAAUGGAAUUUAAUGUUCUGAACAACAUAAAUGUGAUCAAAGAAAUUAUAGAUGAAGUUAUUUCUCGGAAGAAGAAAAACAUUCCAUUGGCACCACUGGUAUUGAAAGAUCCACCUAAAUCAGAUUCGAAUGAUACAUAAACUGAAGAACAGGUUUCUAUGGGAUCAUUUUUGAUGUAGAAUUAAUAGUACGGUUUUGAAAUGAACUUUUCUUAUUAAUACAUGUAUUUACCAUCUUUAUCAAAUGUAUGCAUGAUUUUUAAACAUGCAUGUGUAAUAAAUUUCUAAUACUAUUUUC